AUGUCCCUCCUGCAGUGUCCCCGGCAAUGUAAUCCGGCGGAUGCCGGCAUCUGUCUUCUGGGUUCUAUCCUCUGCGAGCGUCGGGACGUACGGGGGACGGAACGGCGGGAAAUUUGAAAAUGACAAAAAUAAAACAUUACUGUAUCAAACCAUUUCACAUACAUGUUGUCCCGAGUGCUUUGUCCUGUGCCCUGCCUGCAUUUUUACUGUUCUUUCUGCCUGGAAACUGAGAAAUGUCCAUGGCGUCCAAAAAGCGUCCCUUUAGGUCAAAAGUGGUUUUAGACCGGCUAGAGAACAGCGAUAGUAAAUUAGAACCACUUGCAGAAUUGA